GAGCACAUAGUCAGUGAGAAUAAGAAAGCCCUGCAGCCUGUAGAGCUCCUCAAACCUGCUGGAGUAAAGAGCUAAGAAGGAGGAUUUCAAACAAGGCACGAGGCACGAGACAGAGUUAUUAAUCAACGUUGGAGAAGACACUCUGGCAUUCUUGGAGGAUAAACUAGUUUGAUCAGUCUCAUCUCUAAUUUAGUGAUCUCCAUCUGUGAUUCACAACCAUCAACACCACCACCACCAAAACCACCACCACCCUCUCCGCCAUGUUCAGACCGCUCUCUCUCGCCCUGCUGCUAUUGGCCACUGAUCUGUGCUCCAGCCUCUUCCUGCCCGACUCUCCUGAGCUUCGGCGGCUGCUGAGUCGCUAUGAGGACAAGCUGGAGGCCAAUGCCACGGCCACAACGUCAGGCUCGCGUGUACGCCGCGCCAUACCAUGGUCAGAUCGUGAGGAGAUCCUUCUUCUGCACAACAAACUGAGAGGUGGCGUCUAUCCAUCUGCCUCUAACAUGGAGUACAUGAUAUGGGAUGAUGAACUGGAGCGUUCUGCUACACACUGGGCUGAGCAAUGUCAGUGGGACCAUGGACCCCAUGACCUGCUUAUGUCUAUUGGACAGAAUCUAGCAGUGCACUGGGGCAGGUACCGUUCCCCUGCUUACCACGUCCAGGCCUGGUAUGAUGAGGUGAAGGACUACACGUACCCGUACCCACACGAGUGCAACCCCUGGUGUCCUGACCGCUGCUCUGGACCAAUGUGUACUCACUACACACAGAUCGUCUGGGCCACCACCAACCGUGUGGGUUGUGCUGUUCAUGUGUGUCCAAGCAUUAACGUGUGGGGGGAGACAUGGGAGAACGCCGUCUACCUCGUGUGCAACUACUCGCCAAAGGGAAACUGGAUCGGGGAGGCACCCUACCAGCAUGGACGUCCAUGUUCUCAGUGUCCUCCCAGCUAUGGAGGAGUCUGCAAAGACAACCUGUGCUACAAGGGAACUCCUCAACGCCCUGAGACUCCAGACAUGAAUGAGGUGGAGAAGCCUCAGGUUCCUGUGCUGGUGGAGAUCACUCCACCCAAACCUGCUGCCAGGACUAAACCCAAACCUUCUACACCCAAAAAGCCCACGACGCCUAAGACCACUCGCACCAACUUCCUGACUCAAAACAUCAAGUGUGAGACGAAGAUGAGGGAUAAGUGCAAAGGUGUAACCUGUAACAGGUACAACUGCCCCGCUAACUGCUUAUACAGCAACGCUAAAGUGUGGGGCACGCUGUACUACGAUGUGCAAUCCAGUAUCUGCCGUGCUGCGAUCCAUUACGGGAUCAUUGAUAAUAACGGAGGCCUGGUGGAAGUCGCAAGGAAAGACAAUUUCCCAUUCUUCGUUAAAGCCACAAAGAACGGUGUCGAGUCUCUCAGUAAAUAUAAAACCGCCAAUGCAUUUCUGGUAGCAAAAGUGGAAAUAAAGUCAGUCGACUGCUACACCAGAAUGGCUGAUAUUUGCCCCUUCAGCAACCAGCACACCACCUGCCCAAGGGUUAAGUGCCCAGCCAACUGUAAGAAUCAGCCUUCGUACUGGGCUCCAGUGAUCGGCUCCGGCGUCUACGCUGAUAGCUCUAGUAUCUGCCGGGCCGCUCUCCAUGCUGGUGUGAUCAAAGCUUCAGGAGGAUAUGUGGACAUCUUGGCUAUGGAUAAGAAGAACAGCUACGCAGGCAGCCUGAAGAACGGCGUCCAGUCUGAAAGUACAUCCCAGUCACAGGGCGGGUCUUUCCGCGUCUUCACUGUUCGAGAGUGAUGUGUCCGUACACACAGGGUCUCCCAUCCACUUCUCCAGGGACACUCAGUCUUCUUAUCAGGACAAAAACAUAUUCGUCUACCAACUUUUUCUGGAAUUCUCUCUCAGUGUGAGAGCGACGGGACCCACACCACCAGCGGACCUUCCUUCCUCGUCAUCUUCCAUCCAGAUCAUUCCCAAUAUCUUCUUAGGCUUUCAUUUUUAUACUAUUUACACGUACGUGGCUGAAAGGACGAUGUUUACCAGCAGUGCUGGUUUUAUAUAUUCAGUCAUUUUAUGAUCUUUUACAAAAGAAUAUAAAUAUAUUGAUCACACUGUAUUUAAUCAUCGUUUUGUUUUGUACAGCUUAAUGAUUUUUCUUUUCGCUGCACUUUCCCUCAACUAGCUUGUAUUCUAGCAUUCUUUUUUUUUUUUUUUUUUUUUUGUGACCCCACUCAGUUUUAUAGUGAAGGGUGGCAGGAAAGCAGGCUGUGGCGCUCAGUGUCUGGGGAAAUGCACAUCACCAUGAGCUUUGUUCUCCUGGCCAGAGGAACCUUCGUGAACUGUUGGAUAGACAGAUUCUCUGUGUAGGAACAGGAAAGGAGGGACGUGAAAAGGCAACGCUCCAAAUAAAAGAGACCUUUCCUGUAGGCUUGUGUUAAAGCUUUCCAGAAUCAAUAAUGUAAAAGUUUCACCCAAGGCGCAAAAACAAUGAAUGAAGCGGCCUUCAAAAAGUCCAAGGAGAAAAGGAAACCAAGCACACAUGAGCCAGAUUUCUGCCUUGGUAGCAUCCCAUGUUAAUUAUUGAAUUCCCGAUUCUAACUGGUCAGAAGGUGUUGAUUAAUUUUCUAUAGCAGCAGCUCUGACAGUAUUGCAGCUGCAAAUUACAGGUUAUAUUAAUAUUAAUGUGCUCAUUGUAAUAUUCUAAUAUCGUUUCUAAAGUAACAGCUCAUUCACAGGGACUUGUACAGAGGCUAAUAAUAAACUGCGAAAAAUAAUAAGCUGCUUCACACCAUCACUGAUUAUUUUCCUAUAACAGCAUAUCCUGAAGUGUUUCAUUCCUUAUGUAACUUUGAGAAAUGUAUCUUAAAAGUCCUUAAAAGGAUCAGCGGUUAAGAUAAAAAAAUAACGAUUUGGAUUGAAUAUCAAUUAUGUAUUUAUGAAGUUACUCUCACACACACUGUUAAAGUGCGGAAACUAAAAAUUGUUGAAUUAUCUUUGUUGGAAUGUUUAUAAAUGUUAUUCAAGAAACAAAAAGAACACUUUAAAGGUUCUAGGAACCACAAAGUUCCAAAGGUACUAAAGGUCAUAUUUAUAAAAUGUUUGGAUUAUGAAAAAUUGUUAGCUAGGACAGUACAUAAACUUAAACGAAGUAACAGUAAGGCAUUCAUUUUUUUGUGGUGGUCUGUGAAACAACCAAAAAAGAGGGGAAAAAAAUCAGGUGUUUUCUCCAUUGAAACAUCAACUUUAAAUAACAAUUAACAUAUUUCACCGAAAACAACGUGGAAAUGGUUUUAUUUAUGCCACUUUUUAAGGUUUUGUGUCUGCCUGGUUAACAAAGGUUAACAAAAACAGCAGUAAAAACAUCCUGUCUGGUCAAAGAUGUCUAAAACCCUGCUAGCUAAGUGUACUUCACUCACACAGCGAAUGUCACGAUUUGAUUAAGUGGAGUAGCUAUGCUCCAGAGCAAAACAGACAUAAGCCUAAUCAGUUCAGUUUAUAGUCAAAUUCCAGCUCUCAAAAUGUCCAUGAAAUGAUCAUGUUUUCCCAGACUUCCUCACAGAUGAUAUGUGAACACCAUACAAAGCACUGAUGUGUGUAAACUGCUUUUAUUCAGAAAUUUUAUAAAAAUACAUGGAACCCAAUUGCAUGCUGGGAAAGGGAUACUACUAUGACAAAUUUCUUAGCUGGACUUUAUCGCAAUCCAAAUUUAAGAUUAAGGUUUAGUCUGUGUAAAAGUAGAUAUUUAUCUCAUUUUCUCUCCACCUGCCUUACUCUCUGUCUUUCUUUCUGUCUGUCUUCAUGUGCUACCUCAGUCUUUUGCUACAGCUUAAGUGUUUUAUGAGGUUUAAGUAUUUUGGGGGAACUAUUUGUACAGAUUUUAAAAUUGUGUAAAUAUUUUGAUUUAUGACUGUUUUUUAAAAUAGUUGUGGAUGCGAAGGUAUGUUUUCUAUGAAAGUAUGUUUUUAUGCUUUUGUAUCUUUUUAUUAUUACUUUCUGUUAUGUUUUUAAAAAUGGCAAAAAAGUUGCAAAUUGCAAGACUAUAUUUCUGUCUGUAUAACCUUUAUUUUUUACUGAAAAGCUGCAGCAGUACCCUGGACAUGAUUCAUUCAUGAAGCGACUCCAAGAUUUGUGUUGGAGUUGGAUUUGGGUGCUGAACUCCAGUGAUUAUUUUUUUUCACUUUGGCAUCUGCCACAGGUAGUGAAAGCUAUUUUUGCACAAAACUGAAAAUAAAGUUUAACAAUAGCCUA